GAGGAUUUGGCGCUAGUUUGAGCUCAGUGUGCGGAAGAAGACAGACGGAUAGAGACGCGGAGAGGACUUCAAGACGAGAGAAAACACUCAUCUCUGAGCUGAGAAGUCGUCUGUUAACUUUUCGUAAAGAUUAAACACAAGAUGCCCAGCACACGCUCUCAGGGUCGGGCUCAGCCCACGCUGUCGUUUCCUCGCCGCAAAUCCUGCAGAGUUUCCUCUCGCUCCAAGGCGCCACAGCUGGACAAAUCUCCAGCUCCAUCACCAACCAAGCCAGAACCCAAACCUCUCGUCCAGAUCGGCCCGCUCUCCCCGAGACGCCUCGCCGAUCGGCCCACUCCUCUCUCGCCCAGACGUCCUGCAGCCCAGCCGCCAUCAUCCCCCAGCCUGCAGCCACGGCUUCCACUCAGCCCCCGAAAACGCACAGGUGACGACAACGGCUGUAACCUCGGCGCCUCCUUUCUGGGUUCACCGCCGAAGCUGAGCAAGCCGACCCCGGCUUCUCCCCGAAAGCUGGGCUUUGACGAGAACUCGCCGGUCUUAGCUCGCCGACGGCUGGUCCCAUCGUCACCACGGCGGGCGCUAUCUCCCACCGCCAUAUCGUCCCAGAUGGGACAGGAAACACCUGCUGGAAGCCCCGCCUGCCAAAGCUCUGAGAAGAAGCCGCUGGUCGUCCGACUCUCAGAAAAGUCGAGGUUUGUGAACGUGAAGCAGGCGCUCCACACCGCCGUCCCCGAGCGGCUCCUUUCCCGGGAGACCGAGCGGGCGUCCAUCCGGUCUUUCCUGGAGGAGAAGGCCCUGCAGCGCCUCCCCGGCAGCCUCUACAUCUCCGGAGCCCCGGGGACCGGCAAGACGGCCUGCCUCAACUGUGUCCUGCAGGAGAUGAAGGCCGAGCUGUCCCCGGUACAGACGGUGGUGGUGAACUGCAUGAGUCUGCGGAGCUCCCACGCCAUCUUCCCACUGCUGGCCGACAAGCUGAGAGCGCCCGGCGGGCAGAACGGACUGCAGAGGUUCCUGACGGCCACAGGGCCCGCUGUGCUGCUGGUUCUGGAUGAGAUGGACCAGCUGGACAGUAAAGCUCAGGACGUCCUCUACACCAUCUUUGAAUGGCCGUACCUGCCGAAGUCUCGCCUCUGUCUCAUCGGUAUCGCCAACGCUCUGGAUCUGACCGAUCGCAUCCUGCCCAGACUGCAGGCUCGCCCUCAGUGUCGCCCCCUGCUGUUACACUUUCCUCCCUACAGCAGACAGGAGCUCACCGCCAUCGUGCAGGACAGACUCGCUCAGGCGUCAGCUGAAGGGAUCCUGGACGCCUCGGCGGUUCAGUUCUGUGCCAGGAAAGUGUCGGCGGUUUCAGGAGACGCCAGGAAAGCUCUGGACAUCUGCAGGAGAGCUGUCGAGGUCGUGGAGUCUGACGAGAGGAAAAAAGCAUCAGAUCCAAAAGCUGAAACCAAAGGGUCGCGGGUCAGCCUUCCCCAGGUUGCGCGGGUGCUGUCGGAGGUGUACGGCGACCGGAUGGCGUCUCAGUGCGGCGGCUCUGAUGGAGAGAGUUUCCCCCUGCAGCAGAAGCUGCUGGUCUGCUGCCUGCUGCUGCUCAUACGAAGCGGAAAGAGCAAAGAGAUCGUCCUCGGAAAGCUCCACGAGGUUUACAGUCGCCUGUGCGCUCAGAGGCAGGUGUCCGCGGUCGGUCAGGGCGAGUGUUUGUCCCUCUGCAGUCUGCUGGAGAGUCGAGGAAUCUUCGCUCUGAAGAAAGCCAAAGAGGCUCGUCUCACUAAGGUGUUCCUGAAGAUCGAGGAGAAGGAUGUUGAAAACGCUCUGAAGGAUCGAACUCUGCUGGGCAGCAUCCUCGCCGCCGGCCUCCCCUCAUGAUCAGAGAUUCGAUUUAUAUUUUUUUAUUUUUAAUGAUUUUUAAGCUCAACAUAUGAACCAAGAUUUUUUUUCAUGGUUUGCUUUUUUCCUUCUCAUUUUUGCUGAGAAUUUGUACAGUUUUUUUUUUUUUUUUUUUUUAAAUAAUGAAAAUGUUUACAAAAAAUAGAUUUUUAAAUCUUUUUCCUGGACUGAUGUUGCUGCUCAGUUUUGAAUUGUUGAGAAAUGUUAGACACACGUCAGUUAUGAAAUGACAGCAUUUGUUUCAGUUUGGAGUUGGAACAGUUUGUUUUUACGCUGUAAAUAAACAAAUUUACUGACAUUUUAA